CGGCGGAGGGCGAGGCGGAGGACGAGGACGAGGACGAGGACGCGCUCGGGGGUCCCGGCCGCGGCACGUGCGGCUCCCGCCCUGUGCGCCAUGUCCCCUUAGCGCCGCGGCGGCACCGAGACCCCGGGCCCCCGGGCAUGGAGCGGCACGUGCUCGGCGCCGUCCUCUACUGGCUGCUGCUGCCCUUGGCACUCCUGGCUGCCUGCCUGUUCCGCUAUAACGCGCUGUCUCUGGUCUAUCUGCUCUUCCUGCUGCUGCUGCCCUGGUUCCCGGGCCCCUGUCGGCGCGGCUUCCCAGGCCACACUCGUCGCCUGCUCCGGGCCCUGCUGGUUUUCAGCCUCAUCUUCCUGGCAGCUCACCUGACCUUCCAGAUAUGCCUGCACACUGUGCCCCACCUGUACCAGCUUCUGGAGCCCAGCUGUGGCCCCUGGGAGACCCUCUCUCGGCACAUUGGGGUCACAAGGCUGGACCUGAAGGACAUCCCCACUGCUGUCCGGCUGGUGGCCCCCGACCUUGGUGUCCUGGUGGUCUGCGCUGUGUGCCUCGGCCUCUGCGGGCGCCUCACACAGGAAGCCCCACGGAGCCAGCGUGCCCAGGAGCUGGACGAUGAUGAUGAUGGGGAAGUGGACACCGGCUCCCCUGUGGGGCUUCAGGGAGCCCCCGUGCAGGCCCCCACGCGGAGGUCACGGUUGGCCACCCGGUUCCAGAUCACAGCCCACUGGCUGUUGGUGGCCGCGGGAAGGACCCUGGCUAUUGUGCUGCUCGCAUUGGCAGGCAUCGCCCACCCCUCUGCCUUCUCCAGCGUCUACUUCCUAGUCUUCCUGGCCACCUGCACCUGGUGGGCAUGCCACUUUCCCAUCAGCCUCCUGGGCUUCAGCACGCUCUGCGUCACAGUGGGCUGCUUCGGUGCCGGCCAUCUCCUCUGCAUCUACUGCUACCAGACGCCCUUUGCCCAGACCGUGCUCCCUCCUGCUGGAAUCUGGGCCAGGGUGUUUGGUCUCAAGGCCUUGGUGACCCACGGCAACUGCUCCAGCCCCAACGUGCUGGUCUUCAGUACCAGCCACGACUGGCCCAUCUACGUGAGCCCCGGCAUCUUGCUGCUUCUCUACUACACGGUGACCUCACUCCUGAAGCUCCGCACUCGCCAGCCGUUGGACCAGAGGAAGGAAGUGGCCAGGAACGACGAGGAGCAGGAGGUAGAGCUGACCCAGGUGGACCAGUGGCUCCAGGACCAGGCCAGAGCUGCAGCCACCAAGGAGGAGGGGGCUGCCCAGCACAUGCUGCCCACAACCGUGGGGUCUGACUGGGAGACCGACAGCUGUACGGUGCAUGACCUGACUGGCCACACCCCCGUCCGGCAGCGUCCAGUGCACCCCAGGCUGGCUGAGCCUCAAGAGACAUCUACCCUCCACAGUCUGGGUCAUCUCAUUAUGGACCAGAGCUACGUGUGUGCCCUCAUUGCCAUGAUGGUAUGGAGCAUCACCUACCAUAGUUGGCUGACCUUCGUGCUGCUGCUCUGGGCCUGCCUCAUCUGGACGGUGCGCAGCCGCCACCAGAUGGCCAUGCUCUGCUCACCCUUCAUCCUGCUCUACGGGCUGGCUCUGUGUGGCCUGCGCUAUGUGUGGGCCAUGGACCUGCGUCCCGAGCUGCCUACCACCCUGGGCCCCGUCAGCCUGCGUCAGCUGGGGCUGGAGCAUACCCGCUACCCUUGCCUGGACCUUGGCGCCAUGUUGCUCUACACCCUGACCUUCUGGCUGCUGCUGCGCCGGUUUGUCAAGGAGAAGCUGCUGAAGAAGGGGAAGGUACCUGCUGCCCUGACAGAGAUCACUGUGGCUGACACAGAGCCAACACGGGCACGGACGCUGCUGCAGAGCCUGGGGGAGCUGGUCACAGGCCUGUACGCCAAGUACUGGAUCUACGUGUGUGCCGGCAUGUUCAUUGUGGUCAGCUUCGCCGGCCGCCUCGUCGUCUACAAGAUCGUGUACAUGCUCCUUUUCCUGCUCUGCCUCACCCUCUUCCAGGUCUACUACAGCCUGUGGAGGAAGCUGCUCAAGGUGUUCUGGUGGCUGGUGGUGGCCUAUACCAUGCUGGUGCUCAUCGCCGUCUACACUUUCCAGUUCCAGGACUUCCCCAUGUACUGGCGCAACCUGACGGGCCUCACUGACGAACAGCUGGGGGACCUGGGCCUGGAGCAGUUCAGCGUGUCGGAGCUUUUCUCCAGCAUCCUGAUCCCGGGCUUCUUCCUGUUGGCCUGCAUCCUGCAGCUGCACUAUUUCCACCGGCCGUUCAUGCAGCUCACGGACCUGGAGCAUGUGCCCCCGCCUGGUGCCUGCCCCCCACGGUGGGCCCACAGGCAGGAUGUGGUCAGUGGGACCCCGCUGCUGCAGGAGGAGGAGGACGGGCUGAGCACCGCCUGCCCCCACCAGGCCAUGCAGGUCACAGAAGCCAACAAGUGGGGCCUGGUGGCGGAACGGCUGCUGGACCUGGCUUCCGGCUUCUCGGACGUCCUCACCCGUGUGCAGGUGCUGCUGCGGCGCCUUCUAGAGUUGCACAUCCUCAAGCUGGUGGCCCUGUACACUGUGUGGGUGGCCCUGAAGGAGGUGUCCGUGAUGAACCUGCUGCUGGUCGUGCUGUGGGCCUUCGCGCUGCCCUACCCCCGCUUCCGGCCCAUGGCCUCCUGCCUGUCCACUGUGUGGACCUGCAUCAUCAUCGUGUGCAAGAUGCUGUACCAGCUCAAGGUCGUAAGCCCGCACGAGUACUCCAGCAACUGCACCGAGCCCCUCCCCAACAGCACCAACCUGCAGAAGAUGGAGAUCAAGCAGUCCUUGCUAUACCGUGGGCCCGUUGACCCUGCCAACUGGUUUGGGGUGCGGAAGGGCUUCCCAAACCUAGGCUACAUCCAGAACCACCUGCAGGUCCUGUUGCUGCUGGUGUUCGAGGCCAUCGUCUACCGGCGUCAGGAGCACCACCGUCGGCAGCACCAGCUGGCCCCACUGCCCGCCCAGGCCGUCUGUGCCGACGGCACCCGCCAGCGGCUGGACCAGGACCUGCUCAGCUGCCUCAAGUACUUUGUCAACUUCUUUUUCUACAAAUUUGGGCUAGAGAUAUGCUUCCUGAUGGCCGUGAACGUGAUUGGGCAGCGCAUGAACUUCAUGGUCAUCCUGCACGGCUGCUGGCUGGUGGCCAUCCUCACACGGCGGCGGCGUGCAGCCAUCGCCCGCCUCUGGCCCAACUACUGUCUCUUCCUGUCCCUGUUCUUGCUGUACCAGUACCUGCUGUGCCUGGGCAUCCCCCCGGCCCUGUGCAUCGACUACCCGUGGCGCUGGAGCCAGGCCAUCCCCAUGAACUCAGCACUCAUCAAGUGGCUGUACCUGCCCGACUUCUUCAGAACCCCCAAUUCCACCAACCUCAUCAGCGACUUCCUGCUCCUGCUCUGCGCCUCCCAGCAGUGGCAGGUGUUCUCGGCUGAGCGCACGGAGGAAUGGCAGCACAUGGCCGGCGUCAACACUGACCGCCUGGAGCUGCCAUUGGGUGAGCCCAACGCCGUGCCCAACUUCAUCUACUGCAGGUCCUACCUCGACAUGCUGAAGGUGGCUGUCUUCCGCUACCUCUUCUGGCUGGUGCUGGUAGUGGUAUUUGUCACGGGAGCCACCCGCGUCAGCGUCUUCGGGCUGGGCUACCUGUUGGCCUGUUUCUAUCUGCUGCUCUUCGGCACCAGCCUAUUACAGAAGCACACACGCACCCGCCUCGUGCUGUGGGACUGCCUCAUUCUCUACAACGUCACUGUCAUCAUCUCUAAGAACAUGCUCUCGCUCCUGUCCUGCGUUUUUGUGGAGCAAAUGCAGAGCAACUUCUGCUGGGUUAUCCAGCUUUUCAGCCUCGUGUGCACCGUCAAAGGCUACUAUGAUCCCAAGGAGAUGCUGAGCAGGGACCGGGAUUGCCUGCUGCCCGUGGAAGAGGCCGGUGUGCUCUGGGACAGCAUCUGCUUCCUGUUCCUUCUGCUGCAGCGGCGCGUCUUCCUCAGCCGCUACUUCCUGCAUGUCAGCGCCGAGCUCCAGGCCACCGCCUUGCAGGCCUCCAGGGGCUUUGCGCUGUACAAUGCUGCCAACUUCAAAAGCAUCGAUCUCCACCGUAAGGCCGAGGAGAAGUCCCUGGCCCAGCUGAAAAGACAGAUGGAGCGCAUCCGUGCCAAGCAAGAGAAGCACAGGCAGAGCCGAGCGGGCCGCAGCCGACCCCAGGACACCCCAGACCCCACCCAGGAGCCAGGGCCUGGCAGUCCAGGGGGCUCCUCCCUGCCACGGAGACAGUGGUGGCGGCCCUGGCUGGACCACGCCACAGUCAUCCACUCUGGGGACUACUUCCUAUUUGAGUCGGAUAGUGAGGAGGAGGAGGAGGCCCUGCCCGAGGACCCCAGGCCGUCAGCACAGAGUGCCUUUCAGAUGGCGUACCAGGCAUGGGUGACCAAUGCGCAGACAGUGCUGAGGCAGCAGCGGGAGGAGCAGGCGAGGCAGGACCAGACAGGGCAGUUGCCCACGGGAGGCGGCCCGGGACAGGAGGCAGAGCCAGCGGAUGGCCCAGACGAGGUGGUGGCUGGCCGCAGCCACGUGAUGCAGCGAGUGCUGAGCACUGUGCAGUUUCUGUGGGUGCUGGGCCAAGCGCUGGUAGAUGGGCUGACAGACUGGCUGCACACCUUCACACGGCACCACCGCGCCAUGAGUGACGUGCUGCGCGCCGAGCGCUACCUGUACACACAGGCGCUGGUUGAGGGCAGAGAGGUGCACCGGAGCUUGCUGGACCAGCUCUACACUGGUGAAGCCGAGGCUGCCCCCGCAGUCCCCUUGGGGGUCCGAGAUGCACCAAGUACAGCAUCAAGUGGGCUGGGGGCUGAGGAGCCGCUGAGCACUGCGACAGAGGACACUGGCAGCCCCCUGAGCACCGGCUACCACACCCGCAGCAGCAGCAGCGAGGAGGUGGCCACUGAGCCUGGGGCUUCCCUACACGGCUCUCGGGAGCUUCCUGCUGGCACUCCUACCCGGAUGCGCACAGCCAGUGAGCUGCUCCUCAGCAGGCACCUCCGCAUCCAGGAGCUGGAGGAGGCCGAGCUGUUUGAAGCAGGGCAGGGCCGGGCACUGCGGCUGCUGCAGGCCGCAUACCAGUGUGUGGCUGCCCACUCAGAACUGCUCUGCUACUUCAUCAUCAUCCUCAACCACAUGGUCACUGCCUCAGCCACAUCCCUGGUGCUGCCUGUGCUCGUCUUCCUGUGGGCCAUGCUGUCCAUCCCCAGGCCCAGCAAGCGCUUCUGGAUGACGGCCAUCAUCUUCACCGAGGUGUCUGUGGUCACCAAGUACCUGUUCCAGUUUGGCUUCUUCCCCUGGAACACACACACAGUGCUCCGGCGCUACGAGAACAAGCCGUACUUCCCACCGCGCAUCCUGGGUGUGGAGAAGACAGACAGCUACAUAAAGUAUGACCUGGUGCAGCUCAUGGCCCUCUUCUUCCACCGCUCCCAGCUGCUGUGCUAUGGUCUCUGGGAUCAUGAGGAGGACCCGCUGUCCAAGGAGCAUGACCGUGGAAGUGAGAAGAAAGGGACCGAGGAGGAACAGGCACCACUGGAACCCCAGACUGAGGAAGGCACAGGGCCCCAGGGCGAGCCAGUGGUGGCCGGGGCCCUCACCCAGGACCACAUCCAGGCAGAAGCAGGGGAUGGGCCCCCAGAGCCUCCUGUGGAGCUCAAGCCCCGAGACAUAAAGCGUAUCAGCCUGCGUUUCAGGAAGAGGCGGAGGGAGACCACAGAGCCUGUACAACCCACAGCCACUGAAGGUGUGGUGGUGGCCUCCCGCAGAGAGAAGUGGAGUCGCCCCCGGGAAAGAAUGACAGCCAUGGGGCUCCGACUGCAGACCUUCUGCCUGGCCGUGGCCCAGAGCAUGUACCGGCCCCUGCGGCGCUUCUUCGAUGACAUCUUGCACACCAAGUACCGUGCAGCCACCGAUGUCUACGCGCUCAUGUUUCUGGCUGAUGUGGUCGACUUCAUCAUCAUCAUCUUCGGCUUCUGGGCCUUUGGGAAACACUCGGCAGCCACAGACAUCACAUCCUCGCUGUCGGACGACCAGGUGCCGGAGGCCUUCCUGGUCAUGCUGCUCAUCCAGUUCAGCACCAUGGUCAUUGACCGUGCCCUCUACCUCCGCAAGACCGUGCUGGGCAAGCUGGCCUUCCAGGUUGUCCUGGUGCUGGCCAUCCACCUCUGGAUGUUCUUUAUUCUGCCCGCUGUCACCGAGAGGAUGUUCAACCAGAACGCGGUGGCUCAGCUGUGGUACUUCGUGAAGUGCAUCUACUUCUCCCUGUCUGCCUACCAGAUCCGCUGUGGCUAUCCGACCCGUAUCCUUGGCAACUUCCUCACCAAGAAGUACAAUCACCUGAACCUCUUCCUCUUCCAGGGGUUCCGGCUUGUGCCAUUCCUGGUGGAGCUGCGGGCCGUGAUGGACUGGGUAUGGACAGACACCACGCUGUCCCUGUCCAGCUGGAUGUGUGUGGAGGACAUCUACGCCAACAUCUUCAUCAUCAAGUGCAGCCGUGAGACUGAGAAGAAAUAUCCCCAGCCGAAGGGGCAGAAGAAGAAGAAGAUUGUCAAGUACGGCAUGGGCGGUCUCAUCAUCCUGUUCCUCGUGGCUAUCAUCUGGUUCCCGUUGCUUUUCAUGUCCCUGGUACGCUCUGUGGUUGGUGUCGUCAACCAGCCCAUCGAUGUUACUGUCACCCUUAAGCUGGGUGGCUAUGAGCCCCUCUUUACCAUGAGUGCCCAGCAGCCGUCCAUCGUGCCGUUCACACAGCAGGCCUAUGAGGAGCUGUCCAGACAGUUUGACCCUAACCCGUUGGCCAUGCAGUUCAUCAGCCAGUACAGCCCCGAGGACAUCGUCACGGCACAGAUCGAGGGCAGUUCAGGGGCACUGUGGCGCAUCAGCCCACCCAGCCGGGCCCAGAUGAAGCGGGAGCUAUACAAUGGUACAGCUGACAUCACCCUGCGCUUCACCUGGAACUUCCAGAGGGACCUGGCCAAGGGCGGCACCGUGGAGUACACCAAUGAGAAGCACACCCUGGACUGGGCCCCAAAUAGCACUGAGCGGCGGCAGCUGGCCAGCCUGCUUGAGGGCACCUCGGACCAGUCCGUGGUCAUCCCCCACCUCUUUCCCAAGUACAUCCGUGCCCCUAAUGGGCCUGAAGCCAACCCAGUGAAGCAGCUGCAGCCCAACGAGGAGGCCGACUACCUAGGCGUGCGCAUCCAGCUGCGGAGGGAGCGCGUGGGCUCAGGGGCCGCUGGCUUCCUUGAGUGGUGGGUCAUCGAGCUGCAGGAUUGCCAGGCCGAGUGCAACCUGCUGCCCAUGGUCAUCUUCAGUGACAAGGUCAGCCCACCCAGCCUUGGCUUCCUGGCUGGCUACGGGAUCAUGGGGCUCUAUGUGUCCAUCGUGCUGGUUAUCGGCAAGUUUGUACGCGGCUUCUUCAGUGAGAUCUCCCACUCCAUCAUGUUUGAGGAGCUGCCGUGUGUGGACCGCAUCCUCAAGCUCUGCCAGGACAUCUUCCUGGUGCGGGAGACGCGGGAGCUGGAGCUGGAAGAGGAGCUUUAUGCCAAGCUUAUCUUCCUGUACCGCUCGCCUGAGACGAUGAUCAAGUGGACCCGUGAGAAGGAGUAGGAGCCGGGCUCCUGCGCAUGUGCAUGAAGGAGUUGCCCAGCCCAGCGCUGGGUGCAGACACCCCGUCCCAGGCCACCAGGCCCUGAUGCUGCUGCCAGAAGGAAGCGGGGGCCCCUCCUUGGCCCGGCACAGGACCCCGGUCCCUUCCAUCAUCCCUGCUGGGCCUAGCACAGCCGGCACCCUGGGUCAGGGGGGCCAGCCUUCCCUUCGCCACGCGUACUGUAGGAUUUUCUAAUUAAAAAUGUUUUUAUUUAUACAAUCA